UUGAUUGUACUUGUGUGUGGCAUUUAAAAUCCCAGAUUUCAAGUUAGGAGAGAUCUUAACUAUAACUAAUGAUUGGCUAGUUUACACAAGGCAGAUUAUAUAGAGCAAUGUGUGUUGUUGGGUCUCUUCACUAAGUAACAAAGUCACGCACACUGGCAGGCUAGCAGUAUGGUCAGCUUUCUGUCAGCUAUCCACAUGUGUAAGCAGUGACAUGUGUUUUUCUAAGGGAGCCAGGUCAGAGUGACACCAGUGAAAGCAGCCAACAAUGUUAUCAGGGGAAUUUAACUGAUUGUUUUUUUAAAGGAAGCUGUUAUUUGUCGUAUAGCCUAAUUACAACUUGGUCAUGUUUAUUUCUUCGGGUCCUGCUGGACAGUCUGCGCAGGAGAGACAAAGGCAGCACAUGGCACGAGGACUUCCUAAACAGAAACCCAUACUGGGGGUGAAGCAGGUUGUGGUAGUCGCUUCAGGCAAAGGAGGUGUUGGGAAAUCCACCACAGCAGUGAACUUGGCCCUUGGAAUAGCAGCAAAUGAUUCUAGUAAAUCAGUAGGAUUACUGGAUGCAGAUAUUUAUGGUCCAUCGAUCCCCAAACUGAUGAAUCUGAGAGGCAACCCAGAACUGACUGACAAAAACCUAAUGAGACCGCUGGUGAAUUAUGGUGUUCUUUGCAUGUCAAUGGGCUUUCUUGUUGAGGAGACUGCACCUAUUGUGUGGAGAGGACUCAUGGUCAUGUCCGCAAUAGAGAGGUUAUUACGACAGGUAGCAUGGGGACAGCUGGACUAUCUGGUGAUAGACAUGCCUCCAGGUACAGGGGAUGUGCAGCUAUCAAUCACUCAGAAUAUCCCAAUUUCAGGCGCUGUGAUCGUGUCAACUCCACAAGACAUCGCUCUACUGGAUGCGCGGAGAGGAGCAGAGAUGUUCAGAAAAGUCAAUGUGCCUGUUCUCGGUCUCGUCCAAAACAUGAGUGUGUUCCACUGUCCGAACUGCAACCACAAAACCCAUAUAUUUGGAGAAGAUGGGGCAACAGAGCUGGCAAACAGCCUUGGAGUGGAAAUCUUGGGAGAUAUCCCAUUACACAUUAAUAUAAGAGAGAUGUCAGAUAAAGGGCAGCCAGUGGUUGUGUCCAAGCCAGACAGCCCAGAGGCCAAAGCCUACCUGAAGGUUGCUGCUCAAGUAGUGAAAAGACUGCCAGCUCCAUCAGCCUGAGUGCCAGGAAUGCUGAAAUGCGGAAAUCUGGGCAGGAGCAGCCUUGUCAGUGCUGAGUAGCUUGUUCAGCGAUGGUGUGGACAUCAGACCCCUCUGAAAGCGAAUAGAACUCCUGUUAUUACACAGCUGUCACAUUUUGAAAUGCGUAAAAGCAAAUUGUAAUAAAGGCAGAUCUACUUUCUGUUUAAAUACAUUCAGGGAAAAGGUGAUUCAUCGCAUUACAGUUCUUUACUGUAAAUAAGGCUGUCAUGAAUAAAGUUAACUCUCUUGUUCUCUGUUAGGUCCUACGUGCUUUAGUUGGCAGCCAUUGUUAUUUGAUGAGAAAUUGCAUAGUAAAGUGAUUACAUUGAAGGUUGUAAAAGAAAAUAGAAAUUUUAAAGGCGUAGUAAUUUACUAAACAAUUAACUGAAAACAAACUUUUAUUGGUCCAUUGAUUCACCAUUUAUAUUUAUUUGAUGCACUGUAAUUGAAUUAUUUCAUAAUCUGUAUGCAAUUUUAAGCAAAUACAAGUAAAAUAUAAAGGUGACUAUAAACACUAAAUCAAGUCUGGAUUUUCCUUGAACAUAUUUAUGAUAUUUUAAAUGGCAAGGGGUUUGCACAGGGAAGUGUCAGGACCAUGUCACUAAAAAAGGUCUAAUAUAUUCAAGAUAAACAAGACAUAAUUGUUAGUCACAGUGUUAAGUGACCAACUGGCUGUAUAAUGUUAUGUUGAAAAAUGUAAGAGAAUGUUGUCCUUUUUAAAUGGCAGAUGCCAUUGUGGUGUGUGUACUCCACCUGUUUGUGUGCCCUCUAUCUACUGUAGUAUCAUUUCUGUAUUUAAUCCCCUGCUUUGAUGCAUUUCACAAAGACAGUACAGAAAUCGUUUAACAGACAUAAUUAAGCAUGGUUUGCGUCAAUUCAUUAUCUCCUUGGAGUUCUAAUCCUGCUCUUUUGCAAGGAAGCUGUAUUUCUAGUCUCAUCAUCAUUAAAUAAUCUCUUUUGCCUACAUCAGUGGGUAGUGCAUAUCUGACAGAUCUCAUUUCUAGGUUUCCCCAUUACCAUUUAUAUGCAUUCCACUGAUCUCAGCAACACAAAUGAUUACAUCUACUAUAGAAUCAUCAUUCAUGCAAUACAAAAUUAUACAAAUAAACAUUUCUAAAUAUUCUGGUUUCACGGGCAAAGACUCCCUUAGCCCACAUGAUUACCAUAAACAGGACAGGACAUGCAGAUGUUAAAACAAAGCUACAUUUAAUUGACUUUCCAGAAGUGUGUAUGAGUGCAUGGAGCCAGUUCGCCACCCACAAAUGAAUGAACUGCCAAUACGUGCCAGACCUGGCUCUCUCAGCUCUGAGCAGCCCCCAUAUUGUUCCUGUAUACCACAAUAGCUCUUUCAGAAGAUGUUUUAUAAUGGAUUAUUGAGAAGGAUUUGCAGGUGAUUUCUGCCUAUUUGUAUUUCUAUUUACAAAUUCUGUGGACUGCAGGAUAUAUAGAAAGAGCUGAACCAUUCAACUGUAUUUUCUGUAUGCUAUACUGCUGUAUACAAUUAAAAAAUGUACUAAAACCUUGAAGGGCACAAGACUUUUUUUGUAGAUUUUUCUAUUGUUAUGGGUACAGCAGUAAACUGUUGCUUGAAAUAAAUACUGUGGAAUUACCCUGUUUCCAAUCCUUGUUACGAUUAAAAUCUCCCAUUUAAUAA